AUUAUUGGUUUACAAUUUAUUAGUAAUGUUCUGGUUUGAUGAUUCCUUUUGCUUUCCCUCUGGUUAAAUCACUGUCUCUCCUUCCGUAUUAAUCUGACUUUCUUCUGUUCCUCUUUUCGCUGUAAUUCCCAAAAAUCUCCCCCCUUUUCAGAACCCACCAUAAAGUUUACAUUUUUACUCUUUUUUUUUUUUUGAAAAAGCGAUGCUUUCAUUUUGUAUAAAAGACCCACUAAUCCACCUCUCUAGCUUCUCACACCAUUUCAUCUCCCUUCCUCCCUCUUUCCUCUGUUUUAUGAGAGUUUCUGUUGCGUGAACAAGUUGUCGACUUUCAGACAAACAAUUCAUUCCCUGUCGGAAUCUCUUUCUUUCUUUCUUUCGGACCAAGAACAGCAAAACUUAAUGGAGGGUUAUUCAAGAAACUGGUUUCGCGAUGACAAAGCCUCUGUUUACAACUCCGAAGAGAAGAAACUCGAGCUAAAGCUUGGUCCCCCUGGCGAAGACGAAGCUGGUUCAUCGAUGAUAAGAAACAUCAAGAAAGAACCAAAAGACAAAUCUAUCCUCUCUCUCGCUCGCAACCACUUCUCUUCUCCUUCCACCACCAACAAAACCACAUCUCAGAAAAGAACUGCUCCUGGUCCAGUGGUGGGUUGGCCUCCGGUUAGAUCAUUCAGGAAGAACUUAACAAAUGGAAGCUCUUCAAAGCUUGGAAAUGAAUCUACCUCCAACGGUGUUGUCCUCAAGAACCAGAAGUGUGAUGAUGAUAAUGCCCGAGAGAAGCCAAUGGGAGCAAAUAGGCAAGGAGGUUUGUUCGUGAAGAUCAACAUGCACGGUGUUCCCAUUGGUCGUAAAGUUGACCUCAGUGCGCAUAAUAGCUAUGAACAGUUGUCUUUCACUGUCGACAAGCUCUUUAGAGGACUUCUUGCAGCUCAAAGAGAAUCAUCAUCAUUUGGAGAAGAAGAGAAACCAAUCACUGGACUGUUGGAUGGGAAUGGAGAAUAUACUCUUACAUAUGAGGACAAUGAAGGAGACAAGAUGCUUGUAGGAGAUGUCCCAUGGCAUAUGUUUGUAUCUUCGGUGAAAAGGCUGCGUGUGAUCAAAACCUCUUUGAUUUCCUCAGCAUUAACAUAUGGAAAUGGCAAGCAAGAGAAGAUGAGAAGCUGAUGAAAUAAACUUUCACAGCUUAAAGAAGUAGAGAUGUUAUCUUUUUUUUGCUUUUGCCUUUUUUUCUCAACUCUGAUGAGUUUUGUGGUAUUUGAAAUGUGUUUCUGAUUCAAGUCUGAUGUACAUUCUGGUGUGUUACAUCUUCUUUUGAGAAUUUCAUAGAUGAGUUUUGUUGGAAUUCAAAACCAGACAAAUGAAAAGUAUGAUUUUGGUUAUUGAGUAUAUUACAGAUAAACUACGUUUUAGUCA